AUGACUCAAACCUCCGCAAAGGAAAGUGUGCUGGGCACAUCUGCCAGUACCUUUCCUAACUCUCACGAGAAAAUCACCGAGCCCAAAGACACACCCUACUUCGUUGACAAUGAGUUCCAAUUCUCAAGCGCGCAGGAAUUUAUUGAUGUCCACGAUCCGGCGACCAACAACUUGAUAUCUCGAGUCCCAAAGUUGACCGAAACCGAACUAGAGAGUGCUGUGGCAUCUGCGGAGAAUGCAUUCCCGGUGUGGAAAAAUAUGUCUUCGAUUGCCAGACAGCAGGUCAUGUUCCGUUAUGUUGCUCUCAUUCGAGAGCACUGGGAUCGACUCGCAGCCGUGAUUACCCUUGAACAAGGCAAGACCGUUGCCGACGCAAAAGGUGACGUUCUGCGCGGCUUGCAGGUAGCAGAGGCCGCCUGUGCAGGACCGGAAUAUAUGAAGGGAGAGGUCCUCGAAGUCGCCAAGGAUAUGGAAACCAGGACGUACCGUGAGCCACUUGGCGUGGUCGCCGUGAUCUGUCCAUUCAACUUCCCUGCAAUGAUCCCACUUUGGUGCAUUCCAAUCGCCACUAUCACCGGAAAUACCGUUGUGUUAAAGCCAUCUGAGCGAGCCCCAGGCGCGGCGAUGAUUCUGAUGGAAUUGGCGGAAAAAGCAGGAUUCCCCAAGGGCGUGAUCAACGUGGUGCACGGAGCCCAUGAGACCGUGAACUUCCUCCUCGAUGCGCCUGCCAUCAAGGCAAUCAGCUUCGUCGGAAGUAACAAGGCUGGAGAAUACAUCUUUACUAAGGGAUCCGCCAAUGGGAAGCGAGUACAGGCAAACCUUGGUGCAAAGAAUCACGCCGUGGUACUCCCUGAUUCCGACAAAGACUCAACACUGGAUGCCCUCAUAGCUGCCGCAUUUGGAGCCGCUGGCCAGCGGUGUAUGGCUCUAUCUGCAGUAGUCUUUGUCGGGGAGACACGAAACUGGCUCCCUGAGUUGGUUGAGCGAUCCAAGGCUCUCAACAUGAAUGGUGGUUUUGAAUCCGGCGCAGAUCUUGGUCCUGUGGUUACACCGCAGAGUAAGACCAGGAUUGAAGGCCUGAUUGCGAGCGCGGAGACUGAAGGGGCAAAGAUCAUUUGUGAUGGUCGGGGAGUCAAGCCCUCGAAAUAUCCCAAUGGCAACUGGGUUGCACCUACCAUUAUCAGCGAGGUCACCCCAUCCAUGCAAUGCUACACCGAGGAAAUUUUUGGACCUGUCUUGGUUUGUCUGCAGGUGGACACUCUUGAUCAGGCUAUUACGCUUAUCAACAAGAACCCUUACGGCAAUGGCACGGCUAUCUUCACGUCUUCGGGUAUUUCAGCUGAGCGGUUCCGGAGAAAUAUCGAGGCUGGACAAGUAGGUGUCAAUGUGCCUAUUCCUGUACCACUUCCAAUGUUUUCGUUCACUGGAAACAAGAACAGUGUUGCUGGUGGAGGCGCCAACACGUUUUACGGAAAGCCAGGAGUCAACUUCUACACCCAGUUGAAGACUGUUACUUCGAAAUGGUCGGUUCGGGAUAGCCAGCCUGCGAAGGCUACACUUUCAAUGCCUACUCAUAGUUAG